AUGCAGAAGCCGGGCGGGACCCUGAGCGCGGCGGUCCGGGAGCACCUGAGGCGCUUGUGUCUGCGCGAGUUCCCGUGCGGCACUGGCAGCUGGAAUAAGUCACGCUUUCUUCCUCGAACGUGGCGAACAUGGAAGGAGCUGGUCCCCAGAGAGGAGGAGGCCGGGAACCCUGGGGAGGAGACAGUGGAGGCGCUUCUGGGCCUGGUCCGCAGCCCCAAUUCACCCUGGGCUCUGCCGGAGGGCUCCAGUGCAGAGGACCAUUUUCUGAAGGAACUGGCCAUCCGGAAUCCCCUGGUGCUCAAAGACACCUUCUUCUACUCCUACUUCAGGUCCCUUCGGGUGGUGGACAAGCAGGUGAGCCUGGUGGAUAAAGGUCUCCUGAAAUUUCUGAAACUUGAAGAGUUGGUACUGAGUGCCAAUCAGAUCAAGGAGAUAGACGCCAUCAACCUGCCCCCAACGCUCAAGGUGCUGGAGCUCUACGGCAACAAGAUCAGCAGCGUGGAGUGUCUGUGCACUCGCCCGCCCCCACAUCUCCAGCACUUGGGAUUGGGUCACAACAAGCUUCUGGGCCCCUUGGAAAGUCUCUAUGUCACCGCAGACUACUGGCCCAACCUCGUCUCCCUGGACCUGAGCUUCAACGACCUGACGGACCUGCAGGGCCUGAUUGCCAGCCUCCGCACCCUCCCGCACCUGCGGGUGCUUGUGCUCCAGGGGAACCCGCUGGCCCUGGUGCCCUACUAUCGAGGCUUCACCAUCGACAGCCUGCCCCCGCUCUGCGUGCUGGACGACAUCACUGUGUCUCCCAGUGAGAAGCAUCAGUUCCGGGGGCUCAGCCGGAGUGGGGACCUCUUGGCCCGUGAGGCGCAGCUUGUGGUGACUAUUGGAAAUGUCAAGGGCAUUCUGGACACCUCUAUCCUGGACCCAGAACCCGGGCCUCAAGGCCCUUUUAUCUCAUACAGCUAUUACGUGACCUACGACUUUGUGGAAGAUGAAGAAGGAGAAAGAAGCGCGCACGGUGGCGUGCUGGCUGAGAUCGUCAAGCCCUCGCCCAGCACCGAACAGCUGGGCGAGGACAUCCCUGAAGAGCUCUUCGGGGAGGCCGAAGACUCCCCGGAGUCCGGGCUGUCCAGCCAGUCGGGAGAGCUGGAGGAAUCGGGGGCCUCGGAGGGCUCGGGGCACCUGCCAAGGGUGACCGACUCCGCGGAGGAGCUGGCCAAGUUGCGGCCGCGAAUAGAUCCCCGGCUCUGCCCCUCCCCGGGGACAGUUCUCUUCAGCACUGUCCGUAAACCCUGGACUGACGUCAUCCCCUGCCACUACGAGAUGCAUCACACGCUCCGGGACCUCGUGCCCCUCAAGGCCUUCCUGCUGGCAGGGACCACCGUGACCAUCGUGGAGGAGAAGAUUCUCUCCUGGCCUCCAGUGCCUUCACCUGUUGACGCUGUGUUGUCUUCCAAGAGCGGAAAAGGGGAGAAGGACAAGGGGCAGAAGGACAAAGACAAGAAGGGAAAGGACCGGAAGGACAAGGCUGGGAAAGGGGAGAAGGAGACGGUGCCGAAGGAGCAGAAGGCGUCCAAGAAGAAGGAGCUUCCUAAGGAGCUCCGGCAGGACCCGCCCAUCCUGCGGGUGCUGGGCAGCGGCUUGGUGGCCUUGGAGCCCCUGCUGGUGGGGGAGCCACUGGUGUCCGAAGUGUGCAACUUCGGGGUGAUCCGCACCUUGGAAACUGACAACCUGAUUGCUCUCAGGGAUGCAAAGAAGAACAAGAACAAGAAAGCUAAAAAAGAGAAGAAUAAGUCUGCGGUUCACAUGGACGACGGCGACUACCAGCCGCAGCCCCUGACGGUGGAGGUGCAGGUGCAGCUGAACCAGUACCGCUCGGCCGAGGAGGCGCUCCGGGAGAUGUCCCUGUAG